AAAUGGAACUGUACCUGUAACUAUCACACCUAACUGUGCAUGUGUGUCGACCUUCAUGCAAUAUCUUGUUCUCUUGUCAUGAUGCAUGUAACACUGUUGUUCCAGCUAGUUCCGCUAGUGUUGUCCGUGCUAGCGCUUUGUUCUCCUGGCGCCCGCGGCCCGAUCAUGUAUCAAGGCAGCGCAGUGCAUGCAUGCAGUGAUUGUGGUGUCGCGCGUGUGGAGCUGGUGCGUGACACGUGCUGGUCAUUUUGAUACUCCGCCAUAUUUUCUCCUUUGGACUUGGUCCUUCGUUUGGGACCGGGUCUUCCGUCUUCUUUCUUCUUUGCACUCGACUUUAGUCUUAGUUUUGUUGCUCUCCCAAAAUACAAUGUGAACCAUUACUCUCUGGCUCUCUGGCUUGUCGCGUGUGUCCGUCGGAGGGAGUGAUUAGUUUACAACGUGGUGCCGAAACCCGGGAUUGAACUAGGGCCGUCGUGAGUUGCGACUGCGGAGUUCAGGAUGUCGAGUCUGAAAGUCGACGGUUUUGUCAAGCCCUUUCGGGGCAAGAGCAAUGAGAGCUGGCAACAGUUUUGGGCAAAGUUCCUCGUUCUUGCGGAGAUCCAGGGCUGGGAUGAUGAGGCUAAGCGCAUGAAGCAUUUCCCUCUGUUUCUUGCGGAUGACGCGUUCCUGGUAUUUCAGGGAAUGGCGGAUGCGGACCGAAAGAAGCAGGACGAGGUGGUCAAAUUGAUGCUAUCGUCCUUCAGUAUGACGAAGUCUGCUGCGUACGAGGCGUUUGUGGUGCGGAAAAUGAAGUGCGACGAGUCCACCGAUGCAUUUGUUGCAGAUCUGAAGCGCCUCGCGGAGUUAUCCGGUCACAAAGUGACAGACGACAAAGAUCCUGUGGUAGUGCAGCAGUUGUUGAAAGGCCUCCCUGCCGACUACAACCGGCAAGUACGGCUCAGUCUCGUGGGAAAGGACAUGUCGAUAAGCGACUGUGUGUCUAUUGUUCGAGCUCUGAGAAUUUCAGAUGCCAGCGGAGGUGACAGUGUGUCAGCUGCCGCCUCGUCGGGUGGUGCAGCGACCAGGAGUGGUCCUACCAGUACCAAGUCACACUCACAGGGCAAGGUUGACGGGCCCGUCUUCCCCCCAGAUGAAACACAUGAAACAAGAUGAAACGAGAUGAAACGAGAUGAAACAAGAUGAAACAAGAUGAAACGCCAAUGUACGGGCGCAGAUGGGGCCGAGAUGAAACGAAAUGAAACAAAAUGAAACAAGAUGAAACAAGAUGAAACAAGAUGAAACCAAAUGAAACUCGAAGUACGGGCGUAGAUAGGCCGCGAAUGAAACAAGAUGAAACAAGAUGAACAAUGUACGGGCGGAGAUGGGCCGCGCGCAGUGCACCCGGCGUGACGUGCACGAGCGAAAAGAACUGAAUUAAUCCAAUCAUUGAAAUAAUUUUGUUUGCAGAGGCAAUUGGCGCAACGGAGGUAUAGGAAUUUGAUGGCUUGCGCGUGACAGCACGAGCCGAAUUUAUUGCCCGUGGAAGUACCCACGAUAGGAAUACACUGUUGGGAACAUGGUGGCGCCGCUGACGGUACCUAUGUAAGUGGAAUUACUUUAUUGGAAGUACCCACGACGGGGAAAAUAGUCUCUCUAGUAUUGUCGGUGAAUGGUGAUGGUGGUGGUGGCGAUGGCUACUUUCCUCUGCUCAGAGAGAACCCCUGCAUGUCCUUCGUCGUGAUGCGAAAGAGCAGUGGAUGCAGAAAAUGUCUCUACCUGCCAGGAUGGUAUAAGAGCACGAACUGAAUCACCUGUUGGUGCAGAAGGCUUGGAGGACUGCUUUUGAAACAGUUGUUCAAAUUUCCUGCACCUCUUCGUAGCCGUUGUCUGAUUGCUGCAUUCUGGGGAGACUGAAGUUAAGAAGCCCUCACCGAAACCAACACUACGUUGCUGUGUUGUUUUCUUCCAAGGUCGGGCACAGUAAAGGAGACGACUCUGUAUCAAGGCACUACCCAGAGGGAGGAUGUUGGCCUUCUCCUGAUGGGAAAAUGUCUUCUUUCUCAUGGCGUGGCCAGGACUGCACUGACCCUACCAUCCACUCUACCUCUCCGGAAAGGGACUUGACAACCAGUCAAGAUGGAUGUGCAGAGAUAUACCAGCGCUUCUAGCAUUAACUGCCAAUUUGCACUGACGCAGCAAGACUCCCAACAGUCAAUAUCGUUUUACUUGAACAUCAUACUCUCGCCCAACUUUGUUUCACCAACAAAGGUUUAUUCUCCAAAGUAUUUCUAAUUGAUUGUGUAUGAGUUUCAUACUACUGUCAGGGGCGUCGGAAGGUAUUUUAGUGUGGUACGGUCAGCCAUCUGAAGUACAAUUGACUCGUGGGGGAGUGGUGGCUGAGCCGAAAUUUUUUGAAUUUUAGAUCCCAGAUCAGUGUAUUUUGUUGACUCACGGGUAUCUGGGGCAAAAAGUGGUACGGUCAAUACCGUAGUGACCGUACCGUGUGCGACGCCCCUGACUGUUGGAAUCCACCAGCUGUGUUUCCUUGAGGGGCGUAUCCUUACCUGGGAUGUGUUUUCUCAUUCCCGGCAGCAGAAAGAGCUCUACAAUAUGUAUAUAAUUUAAGAAUAGAAUUUGAUGUACAGGAGAGUGCCAAUUAUCCCCACCCCUCGGGACGCGGGCUGUCUCCAGAGGGUUCAGAUGAGAAGAAUGUUCGGAUAAGAGAGCAGUCACACAUCUAUCUAAAUCAUGCAUAUUCCAGCAUGUUUUCAUCAUUUUCGUUCUCUUCAGCAGUGAAACAGGAACUAGGUGCACUCAUGCUCCUCUAAAUUAAUGACACUAUUAUUACACAUUUUGACUCAAACCUGUUUUAAUACAUCUUGUGAAUCGCUUCAAUGGUGCCCCGAGCGACGAAAAUCACUAACUUUGAAACUCAUCUUCUACCCCUCAAGCAAUUAUUUUGGAUAAUUAAUCAUUUGGAUAGUUGACAUUAGGAUAAUCGGCACAUUGUGUGUGAUGGGGGGGGGGGGGGAGGAAGAGGAGGAGGCUGCGAGAGGCCGUGGUGGACGUGUACCGGCUUGUGCACAGCCUGGAAAUAGCCUCACUUUAGAUGUAUGCACAUUCAAACGGUGGAUGCUUCCCGCCAUCCUUUUCCCCCUCUUUUUCCUUUUCCCGCCAUUCUUUACCCCCUCUUUUUCAAUUUCCCGCUCUUCUUUUCCCCCUCUUUUUCUCCCCUUUUCCCCCUUUUCUGCGAGAAGAUUAGCCCCCUCCUUACAGGCUGGAUCUAGCGCGAAGCCCUCGGGCCUCUGUUUCAAGUGUGGCGAGCCUGGGCACAUCCGCAGGAAUUGUCCCAGCAGAAGAGCAGGCGGAGGUGGAAGGAGCCAGCCGAUUACCUGUUUGUUCUGCGACGGUGCUGGCCAUGUAAAGGCUGACUGCCCUGAGAGGAGAGAUUGGCUGGCAAGGAAGGACAGGACUGCAGCUGCCGUGGAAAGUGCUCGCCCACAACCAGCUGAGCAGGAGAACGACCCAUGCCUAGUCUCCCUGGCCUCUCCUGGAAAGCUGCCUCGUAUGUACGUGGAUGUGUCUGCUGGAGCGGCGAAAUCGAGUGUUCGUGCGCGGGCUGUCGUAGACACCGGUUCAACUCGUACGCUCAUCUCGCGGUCCUUCGCCACUCAGCAUGGCAUCAGUCUUUCACCCACGGCUGCUCCACCCAUACUUGCCUUGGAUGGUAGUCCCCUAGAGCUAGUGGGGUCAGCUGCCGUUCGGUUGGCCCGUUCUGACGGUGCGGUCUCUCUGCCCGGCCUGGAAGUGCAAGCGUAUGUGGUCGACAAUCUGAGCGUGGUCAACGCUGAUGUGCUCGUCGGCAAUGAUGUGGUCAUUGGCAGUGGCGGGCUUCGACUGAAGUACUCCGGUGAUGGUGCCUUGAUCGGCGUGGAAUUUGGCUACGACCGAGUCGAUCCAGGGGACAGCAUGGGAGUCUGUGGUGCGUCUUCGAGCGGCGAUCGCCAUCCAUUUCCCAAUGUACGCGUGCAGCGUGAUGGUGAUGAUGUCACCCUGUCCACGGAUGACGGGGAUGUCACCUGGGACAGCAGCGCCCGUCGGUGGGUCCUCUCUUGGCGCUGGAAAUCAGGCAGUCCUCCGACUCAUCCGGUGGGACCUGGCGUGAGUGAGUACUCUCGCUCUAAGCUCACUUCUGACCAGGAGCAGCUGUUUGCAGAGGAGGUGCAGAAAUGGAUCGAUGUGGGUUGGCUCGUUCCUCACGACAAGGAUGUUCACGGAAGCCCUGGUGCUGUGUUACCGCUGAUUGCUCAGUUGCAGGAGCACAAAGCAUCAACGCCGGUUAGACCAUGUCUAGAUUAUCGGCUCCUCAACCAGCUGCUGAUGUCGCAGCCUGGCCGCUCAGCACCCGUCUGUGAGGAGACGCUGCGCAAAUGGCGACUGGCCGGUGACCCUCGGGAGUUUCAACUACUCGAUAUCAAGAAGGCCUAUCUCCAGGUGCACGUUGCACCCGAGCUGCAACGUUUUCAGAUGGUGGUCUGGCAGGGCCAAGCGUUUGUGAUGACGCGGAUGGGCUUCGGCCUCAACGUAGCGCCCAAGUUCAUGGAUAUCAUCGUCCGGUGGGUCACUAGAGAGUUUCCUGCUGUCGACAACUACGUCGACGACCUGAUGACUCCCGCUGCCGAGGCUGACGCAGUGGCCGCCCACAUGGCUGAGUACAGUUUGCCAACGAAGCCUGCAGAGGCGUUUGCUGAGUCCCGUGUGUUGGGCCUUCAGUUGACGAAAGGCGACGAUGGCCAAGUGCAGUGGUCGCGCCGUACCGACAUUCGCCUGAAGCUCGAGCAGCCGGUGACCAAGCGCGAUAUCUUCAGCUGGUGUGGCCGCCUGACGGGGCACGUGCCUGUCUGUGGUUGGCUGAGACCCGCAUGCAGCUACUUGAAGCGCAUGGCCAACGCUAGCGCGGCAUGGGAUGAACAGGUCCCAGCCUCACUCUUGAAGCUGUGUGGUGAAGUGGACGCGCGGCUAGCUGGUGAUGGUGAUCCUGCACAGGGCCAAUGGCGUGCCAACUCUCCCGAGCCUCGUCGCUGCGUAGUUUGGGCUGACGCGUCCAACAUCGGUCUUGGCGUCGUCCUGGAGAUCGAUGGCUCUGUCAUGGAGGAUCGUUCUUGGCUGAGACCCCACGGUGAUGCGCGUCACAUCAACAUCAUGGAGCUGGAGGCCGCUAUCCGAGGUCUUUCGCUGGCCGUGAGCUGGGAGAUGAAACAUGUGCGGUUGAUGACCGACUCCAAGACGGUUGCGAGUUGGCUCAGAGAUGUCACUGGCGACGUGCGCCGGACGAGGACGAAAGGACUGCACGGUGUACUAGUCCAGCGUCGACUCCAGAUUCUCGCCGACCUGAUUGCCACGGCAGGGCUCGUUGUCACGAUCGAGUGGGUGCCGACUGACCAAAAUCGUGCAGACGUGCUGACUCGAGUUCCUCCUACGUGGGUGAAGUUCUGCAAGGCGCUACUGGGCGACAGCGAAAGUGAUGUCGCAGGUGCAGCUGUAGUCCUGCCCGGACCAAUCCCUCUCGCGAAGAUUGUGGCGAAGCAAGGUACUGACGACCAGAUACUGGCAGCAGUGGCGCAGUUGGAGUCCGGUGCAACGGUUACUGCACCCUAUGCAGCAGCGGCGUCCCAACUGGAGAUUGAUGAUGGUGUCCUUGUCAGAAGCAUCAAGCUACCUGUCGAGGGCCUCGUUCGUGUUCCUGUCGUGCCGCAAUCGCUCGUUGCCGAUGUUGUCUCUAAUGCACACCAGAUCUCGGGACAUGCGAGCUGGGAGGUCAUGUAUCGCAUGAUCCGAAGCCGUUGCUUCUUCCCUGGCAUUGCUUCGGCUUGUCACCAACAUGUUGAUAACUGCACGCAAUGCAAGUCUGCUAGUGGACGGAAGGGUGCCAGAGCUGCGCCGACCCGCGCCGACAUACCUGGGUCCCCAUGGAGCGAAGUCACGAUUGACACGCUGGAACUCGGUGGUGAUGGAAGCGGCAAAUACGGCUGUGUCCUCGUCUGUGUGGACAAUUUCACCAAGUGGGUGGAGGUGUGCCCGCUCCGCCGACAUGACGCUGUUAGUGUUGCUGCAGCCUUCUCGGCCAUGUGUUUUCGAUGGGGUGCUCCCGAGGUCGUGCGGCUGGACAACGGCGUGGAGUUCCGCAACGCCAUAGUGGAGUCUUUGUUUCGCCUGAUGGGUGUGCGUGUGCGAACCGGAGCAGUCCGUCACCCCCAGUCCCAAGGGACAGCAGAGAGGUUCAAUCGAACGCUCCUCACCCUCAUCCGCAAGACCCUCGAAGAGUCACCGAACUGGCGUGCUGACCUCGAUGUGCUGCUGUUUUAUUACCGCAAUCGUCCGCACGGCUCGACCCAUUUGUCACCCAUGGUGGCAAUGAGCGGAUGGCAGCCUCGCCAUAUCAUCAUUGACGACGUGAAGGAAGCGUGCGAUAUGACCCAGUGGGCGUCAGAGUUGUCGUCGCGCGUAGCUCGUGUGCGGGAUAUCAUUGAGACGGAGCUCUCAGCCCGGGAUUUCAUUGACUCACCGAACGAGCCCUGCGCAUACUCUGUGGGUGAUCCUGUCCUGUUACUGCGGCCUGGACGAAGGCAGAAGCGGCUGUCCCCGUAUGAGCCUGGAUGGAGUGUUGCGGCUAUCGUCUCGCCAUCGACUGUGGUCAUAGCCAGACAAGAUGAGCGCCAGCACCCAAAGACCGUGAACGUCGAUCUGCUGAAGCCUGAUUCACCCGACAACCCUGUGAUGCGCACGACGGCCGCUGAGAGUCAGGCAGAUGACGGCGCGGCAGCCGAUGCUAACGAAGAACCAGACCUGCUCGGCAUGGAAUUAAUGCCAGCCCAAGCAGACGCUCCGGAUGGUAAUCGCUACAGCUUGCGAGAUCGAAACGCAAUCCAGCCCCCGGUCCGUUACAGCUAAAACGGCCAAGAGUUUUUUGCAUUCUUGUCGCCAGGUGAUGGGGUGAAAUGGAACUGUACCUGUAACUAUCACACCUAACUGUGCAUGUGUGUCGACCUUCAUGCAAUAUCUUGUUCUCUUGUCAUGAUGCAUGUAACACUGUUGUUCCAGCUAGUUCCGCUAGUGUUGUCCGUGCUAGCGCUUUGUUCUCCUGGCGCCCGCGGCCCGAUCAUGUAUCAAGGCAGCGCAGUGCAUGCAUGCAGUGAUUGUGGUGUCGCGCGUGUGGAGCUGGUGCGUGACACGUGCUGGUCAUUUUGAUACUCCGCCAUAUUUUCUCCUUUGGACUUGGUCCUUCGUUUGGGACCGGGUCUUCCGUCUUCUUUCUUCUUUGCACUCGACUUUAGUCUUAGUUUUGUUGCUCUCCCAAAAUACAAUGUGAACCAUUA